AUGCCGCCCAGAAAGUCGACAGGAAGGAGACAGUCCGCCGCGGCGUCGGCAUCAGUGCUAGCAUCGGUAUCGUUCACAGCAGCAGCCGAGGCUCCACCGACCAAACCACCCCCACAAGCCCCCUCACCCCUCGCGUCGUCGUCCAAACACACGCUCGACGACCCGCCCUUGGUGCCGGAAUCCAUAACGUGGGACUAUGUCCCGCCCGUGCGCGUGCCGCAGGUGUACUCUGACGAGGACAAGGAGCGAUUAGUGCACGAACUGAUGCAGUUCUCGCCCGUGUCCCUGCUGUACGACAUCGCCGAGCACGCGCACCAAACGGCACACAACACAGUCGAGGGCGUCGAAGCGUGGGCUGUGCGAGAAGCGCGCGUGCGCGACGCCGAGGCGGAAGCGAGCGGCGUCGGCGACCGCGGGGGAUCCGUUGACGCGCACGAACGCGAGGUCGAAGUCGGGUCGCAUGCGCUCGAGACGCUGCUCGAGACGCACGUCGACCGCGCGUUCGACACGUUCACGGCGUACGCGCUGCGUAAUGCGUUCAAGGUGCCCGACGGGGUCGAGGUGGUGAUGCCAUGGCACAAGGGCAUCGACUUUGCGCGCGCGGCGCACGUUGCCGCAUUGCCUGACGGCGAAGGGGCGCUCGUCGCCCGCCUGACGGACUUGCGCGCGCAGGUCGAGCAUGCGCGUCUGGUGAACCACAGGCUCGCGCUAGCUGAAGCGGCGCUCGAUCGGCGGCUGGAGAUUGCCGCGCACAGGCGGGCACAGGUCGGCUUCAUCGCGGACAGUGUGCGGGAUGCGGGUCUCGCGCCAUUACCCGACAAAGCCGAGGACGUCGCGUCUGCCCUGCGCGCGCUGCAUGACAAGCUCCAUCCCCUCGAUACGCCGACACCGAGCACCAAGCCGCACGCGCCCGAACUUGCCGACGGCUCGACGGCGUGGGAGGCAGGCAGGGCAGCAUACCUCUCCUGGGCGCUAGGCAAGGCGCUGUCCUCGGCGUCGGAUGCACCGAUCGGGGAUAAGGUUGACGCGGCGGAGCGAGCAGCACACGAAGUCGCGACGAAGGACGAGGUCGACGCGCUCGCCAAGAUCGUGCAGUAGUAAGAUGAUGAGAGUAAUGGUGC